CAUUCCUUCUUUGUCCAUUGAGGAGAGCAAAAAGACUUGCAGCGGCAAGGUACCGCGGCAGUUUGACCGUUUAUGCAGUCGGACAUCAGCUGUUAUCCCCGCCGCUGCAGCAGCUUUGUUGCACGAACCAAACAAGGCUUCAUUAAUUAACAAAUCCGCGCUGGUUAAUUAAUUUGUGAGUCAAACUCAGCUAAUCGUAGCACAUCUGAGUUCUCUAUAGCACAGAAGAAAAUCAAAAUGGAAGACACAAAAUACCUUCCGGAGCUCCUGGCUGAAAAGGACAGCUUGGAUUCAUCGUUCACGCACGCCAUGAAACUCAUCUCUGCAGAGAUUGACAGGAUCCAGAAAGGGGAAACCAAGAAAGAACCAGAGAAGGAAACCUAUCUAGACUUAUUUGCUACAAAGAAUCUCAAACUGAAAGAGCGAGUGCUCAUUCCUACCAAGCAGUAUCCAAGGGUCAACUUUGUUGGUAAACUUUUGGGACCUCAGGGCAGCACGAUCAAGAGACUCCAGGAAGAGACUGGUGCCAAGAUUUCAGUUCUGGGUAAAGGGUCCAUGAGGGACAAGAAUAAGGAGGAAGAGCUGAGGAAGGGUGGGGAGGCCAAAUAUGCUCACUUGGCUAUGGAGCUGCAUGUGUUUAUUGAGGUGAUGGCACCCAUACCAGAAGCCUAUCUGCGUAUGGCUCAUGCCAUGGAGGAGGUCAAGAAGUUCCUUAUCCCGGAACCUGGUGAGCAUGACCCAUACAUGGAUCCCCACUUCCUGAAUGGAGCUCAGGAUGGUUCAGCCAGGGGGCGAGGUGGUCCCCUUGGACGGGGCAGAGGUGGGCCACCUGGUGCUGGAGGACCAAGGGGACGAGGAAUGCCACGUGGGGGCCCUCGAGGAGCAAUGCGAGGUGGAGCUCCACGGGGAGCACUGGGACGGGGCAAUGCUCCAAGAGGUGCACCAUCUGGUAGGGGCGGACCUCCUUCCGCUCCUAACAGAGGAGGCUCAGCUCCCCGCUCUAGACCCCCUGCAGCAGGAGCUCCAAGGAUGCUCCCUUCUGCAGCCAUGUCACACCAACAGGGUCCUCCUUCGGGGUCACAGCCCAAAGCUGAUGCCUAUGAAGACUAUCCUUCAUAUGAUGAGUCGUAUGCAGAGCCUGCCUAUGAGGGAUAUGAUAGUUACUAUAGUCAGCAAUCUGCUCCUGCGGAUACUGAAUAUUAUGAUUAUGGACACGGAGAAGCCCAGGAAGCAUCAUACGAAACGUAUGCUCAAGAUGACUGGGACAACUCGUGGUCCAACUCCGGGGCAGGAGGCAAGGCUCCAAUGUCCAGGCAGACAAAGGGAUCAUACAGAGACCAUCCAUAUGGAAGAUACUGAACGGCUACUGGUAGAGAGUUGCUAUGGCAACUGUCUGAGAUUGUAACUCUCUGAAUUUUUCAAAAGUAAUUUCCCUCUCGUUUGCUCCUUUUUUAUGGUUUAUUUUACUAUUAUUAUUUUUUUUAACUCGGUAGUGAUGUUUUGUUGGAUAUAUCAUAGAGUGCCAGACGAGGAAAAAAAAAAUGAACACUUCGUUGUUUAUAGCUAUUUCCAUUUAAUGUUUCAGUUGUAUAGUUUCCGGUUAAGGUCCUAAUGCCAUAAACCUAACAAAGGAAUAGGAGUGACAUUUUAGUGAUAUUUGAUGGUUAUCAGUAUAGUUAAUUGUUCCUGAACAAAAUGUGAUUGUGGCGAUAAACCUCUCGCACGCAGACUGAAUUUUUUAAAAGUCCUUUGUGACAAGACAAAAAUCAUUCAUAAUGCCUCAGUGUAACUUUACUCUAACUAGAAUAGACUUAGUUCCAAACUCAAAUACAGCCCUGAGCUGUUCUGAUUUAAAAACAAAAGUCUUAUUAUACAUUUCUUUACAAUACAAAUUUCACCUUGUGUGAAGUUAUACAAUCUCCCAAAAUCCCAUUGAAAUUCAUUUGACAAAGAAAAAUAUUUAUAUACUAUUUUUGCCACCCUUACAAUUGGUAUACUAUGUCUGUCGUACCUGUUACUUGCAAAAUCAUCGCUUGCAAUCCUUACUGUGUGUAAGAAAGGCUGCCGUCACCUCAAUAUCUUGUACAUAACCUUAGGACAUUUGUGUAUGCUUUAAACCGUGUCGUUUCAAAAUGCAUAAUGCUUGUGUACCUUUUGGCUAAAUAGGAUACUAAAUAUAUCCCAAAAUGUUUUUCUGCAGUGCGUGUUUCAAUAAAGUUUCUAGUUUCUUUUUAAUCAAUCUAAA